GUCAAGGUCGUUUUGGCUUGUGCUGACGAAAUUCAUUUUCUGACAUAAAACAUGAAAUUAUACAGCAAUCACGGGAAUUUGCAGGCUCUAAAGAUUUUAGUAGCCUCUCAUGUAGGAAGUCAAUCUGUAGAUUACACAGAAGUUCCCCACGAUGCGAAAGUAACUUCCUUCUUAGCAAAGAAUAGGUUACCAGUGCUUGAAUUAUGCCCCAAGAAUGUGAUCUUCUCCUCCAACUCUGCCACCAGGUACCUCAUGAAAUUGUCUAACAAAGAUUCACCAUCGUCUGAAAUUGACAGCUGGCUUGAGUGGGAAUCGACAAAAUUUCAGCCAGUUUUGGUGCCCUAUCUGAUCACAACGAUAGGUAAUGGCAAAUUGGACUCAAAUCAGGAGGGGGCGGUUAAGAAGUGUUUAAAACAUCUGGAAUUGUCACUGAAGAAAAAGGAUCAUUUUGUAGAUAACCAACUGACGUCUGCUGACAUUGUCUUGUGGUCGUCUGUCUACCCUUUGUUCUGCACAAAGUCGCCACUAAGAGAUGCAGGAUCUGAAUUCCCCACCCUCGCGUCUUGGUUCAAGAAACUUGAAGCUGAGCCUGCCUUCCAGUCCGCAGUUCUGAAGAUCACAGGAGGAAAAGAUGUUAAAUGUUUUAAGGAAUCCUUGUUGGCCCAGCCUGUCCCACUACCUGAAACAAGUUCUAGUGGCACGAAAUCAAAAGAUGCUCCCAAGGCUGCAGGGAGUACAGAAGAGGAGACACCACCUGCCAGCGCAGAAGAAGUGGCUGCGGCCACAGAAGCUUGGGUGAAUGGGAGGUCAAAGGUCAAGCCACCAAGGGAGCAGAAACAUCCCAAGUUGCCCAUUGCAGGCGAACGAAACAUACUGAUAACCUCUGCGUUGCCCUACGUCAACAAUGUGCCGCAUCUUGGUAACAUCAUUGGCUGCGUCCUCAGUGCAGAUGUAUUCUCAAGGUUUUGCCGCCAGCGAAAUUAUAACACGUUGUACAUCUGUGGAACGGACGAAUAUGGCACUGCGACAGAAACCAAAGCCAUGGAGGAGGGUAUCACGCCCAUGCAGAUCUGUGAUAAGUACAACAAGAUUCACACCGAGAUCUACAAAUGGUUCAACAUUGACUUUGAUUACUUUGGCCGCACCACAACUGAAAAACAGACUGUGAUUGCUCAGGACAUCUUUUGGAAACUCUACAACCAGGGUUUCAUCUUGAAAGACACCAUCGACCAACUCAAAUGUGAGAGCUGCGAUCGUUUCCUCGCCGAUCGGUUCGUGGAGGGCACAUGCCCAUUAUGCGCCUAUGAGGAUGCCCGAGGUGACCAAUGUGACAAGUGCGGGAAGCUCAUCAAUGCCGUCGAUCUGAAAAAGCCCAGAUGUAAAGUGUGUAGCAAGCCACCGGUGGUGAAGACUUCUGAGCAUCUUUUCUUAGAUUUACCAAAGUUAGAGCCAGAACUGAGUAAGUGGCAUGAGAAGACAUUCUCUGAAGGAUUGUGGACAUCAAAUGCUAAGUUGAUCAGUAAAUCAUGGAUCAGGGACGGAUUGAAGCCAAGGUGUAUCUCAAGAGAUCUGAAAUGGGGCACACAAGUCCCUCUUGAAGGCUUUCAGGACAAGGUUUUCUAUGUGUGGUUCGAUGCACCUAUCGGGUACCUCUCCAUCACAGCCAACUAUUCCGACCAAUGGGAGAAAUGGUGGAAGAAUCCAGAACAGGUGGAACUCCUCAACUUCAUGGCGAAAGACAACGUGCCGUUCCAUAGUGUCGUGUUCCCGUGCAGUCAGAUUGGCACCAGAGAUAACUACACAUUGGUGAAUUCUCUCAUUGCAACUGAAUAUUUGAAUUAUGAAGACGGCAAAUUCUCCAAGAGUCGAGGGAUUGGCGUCUUUGGUAAUGACUCUAAGGACACCGGGAUCCCAGCUGAUAUAUGGCGGUUCUAUCUUUUGUUUGUUCGGCCUGAAACAAUGGACAGUUGUUUCUCAUGGGAUGACUUUGUCCUCAAGAACAACAGUGAACUUCUCAAUAACCUUGGCAACUUCAUCAACAGAGCGUUGAUGUUCUGUGCCAACAGCUUUAACGGCGUGGUCCCCGAAAUGGUGCUGCAGGAUGAGGAUAAGGAAUUAUUGGCUCAGAUAAAUAAAGAGCUCAAGAAAUAUGUAGAGAAUCUGGAGGGCGUGAGAAUUCGUGAAGGUAUCAAGAAUGUAUUGAGUAUAUCCCGCCUGGGCAACGGGUACAUCCAGCUCCACAAACCCUGGGUGCUGGUGAAGGGAACGCCAGAAGAAAAAGUUAGAGCUGGUACAAUAAUCGGCCUGGGUGUCAACAUUUCUUGUCUGUUGUCUACGCUGCUCUCGCCUUACAUGCCAGAGGUCAGCCAGAUGAUACGGACCCAGCUGAAUGCACCAGACACUGCCAUGGUCAUCACGGAGGAGUUGGUACCGUUCUUGGAAAAAGGACACAAGAUUGGCAAGCCAAGUCCUUUGUUCCAAAAAAUUGACCCGUGCCGUGCAGAUGAACUGAAAAAGAGGUUUGCAGGAACACAGAAGGAGCGAGAAGACUCGCCCAAGAAAGCAGCGUCCAAGGGUGAUGCAGCAACUACAGCGUCAUCUGUUGCAACUAACGGGCAGAUCGACCCGGCUAAGGUGGACAAGUUGACUGCUGAGGUCACACAACAGGGUGAAUUGGUAAGAAAGUUAAAGACAGAGAAAGCCGAGAAGGCGAUGAUUGACGGUGCUGUGGCAAAGCUGUUGGAACUGAAGAGGAACUUGUGUAUAGCGGAAGGAAAGAACCCUGAUGCCCCGGCCGCAAAGGGCGGCAAGAAAAAGAAAGGAGGGAAGAAGUGAUGAUUGUAUACUAUUAGGAAAUAAAAAUUUGAUCACCUAGGUCCUCUCACACAGCCUUACAUGAUCAUGAUGCAUUGGGCUCAUUUUCUUCCAAGAGCUGUGAGACCUUUUUACCCAAAGUCUAAUGAAUUGAGAGUUGAUAUCAUUUAUAAUUUGAUUGAUGCUAUGAGGAUUUUAAUAAAAUUGAAAAAAUGUAGACGGU